AGCUAAUGGAGGAUGAAUACUAGAGGAUUGUAGUCACGGUCGUCACGGUAGUCACAGAUUGAAGUAUUGAGGUUAUGAAACCCUAGCAUUCCUUCCAUUCAGUCUUGAAUUUGCAGAAAUACCGAUAGUCUGAAUAUAUUGACGAGUUGUUCUAAUUUAUGAACCAAUAAAUCAAUCUUUCGUAACAAAUAUCAACAUGUUAUACUCGAAGACGGCAUUAGUUUUCUGUAAUGUAUUACCAAAACUGGGACUUGAAACAACUAGCGGAAUACUUGGCAGAGCUCUGUCAACACAAUCUCAGCAGUCAAUUGAAACGGCUAUACCAGACAAACUGUACAAGCAAAUUCAGUUAGAGGUUCGGGGGAAUGAUCCAGCCGUUUUAAAGAGUUAUGCACACUUCACAGUAUCGGCUGCGGAAAAGCUUGGUGCAACGAUCGGUAGAAACUUCGCUCCGCGCAAGCCAGAACACAAACGUUACACGCUAUUGAAGUGUGUACACAUUUUCAAGAAACAUCGUGUUCAAUACGAAAUCAGAACUUACUACAGAUUUAUUGAUCUUCAUCGCCUCACCGGAUCUACUGCUGAUACGAUACUCGAAUACAUACAGAGGAACUUACCUGAAGGAGUUGCUAUGAAAGUCACAAAGGUUGAAAUGCUGCCUCUACUAGAAUCUAUCAGAGUACCACCAAAUUCAGCAUCAACUACUAGUACGAACUAAUUUCUUUUUGAAAACAAUAUUAUAGUCUUAUAUUUAGAUUUUUAAUAAACCAAGUAUUUCAAAAAUUCUGUUUACUGUCAUCAUCGCUUUUCGCAAGCAAUUAUCCUACAGGCUUAACUGCUGGUAUAUGUCUAAAAUUAAGGAUAGAAAUCAGAAUCUAGUUAUUUCACAGAUCAACUACAAGCAAAUGUACUUUCGAACUUGUAAAUUUUUACUUCCUCAAAUUGUUUAAAAUCGUUAUAACAUGCGUUCAGGAAUUAUGAAAGUUGCUAAUCAUCUCACAAGAAUGAUAUACGAGCAUUGAAAAGUGUUCGUCAUUGUGCGAUUCUACCGACAUAAUUAUAGCGAUGUCUAAUAUCUUAUUCCAAGUAUAUGAAUUCUUAGAUGUAUUAUAUGAUUUAUUCAUACAGAUACUCAUACAGCCAAUAAGCAGUCUACGCACGCAUACUUGAACGAUUGUAUUGGAAGUUAUUCGGCGUUAAUCCUCGAUUCAACGCAAUAAGCAAUGAUUAUAAUAACCGCCUAAUUACAUCAUUUCCAUACACAUUUACAUUACAUAUAUGACGAUCAAUCACUAUCCCAU